UAAUGUACAGUUUGUAAGUCAAGAUGCUUAACGCUGAGUUACUGUCAGACCGCAUUGCUAGGACAAGUCUGCAGAGGCGUCGCAACAGAGAGACUGAAAGACGAGAGCGGAUUUUUAACGACAAAACCAGGACUAUUGGGGUCGACAAGGAAGGACUAGACGCGCAGGUAAAUGAGAAGAAGAAACAAGAAGAGGCCGAAAGAGAGAAACAAAACGCCUACGAUGCUGAUAUGCUCCAUAAUAGCAAAGUAGCUUGCAUUCUCCAUAACAGACAAAUGAAGGAGAAGCAAGCGAUGGAAAAGGCUGUGGUUAACUACCGGCAUCAGUACCAGCAGCCUUGGAGCCAGCGGGAGUAUGACUUGAACAACUUAGGUGAUGCACAGAUGAUGCUCCCUGGACUGGUGGGCGAAGACCUGGAGAGUAAAAGCAGAUGCCAGAGACAGAGGGAGCAGCUCAGAGAGUGGCUCAGCCAGCAG